CCCUUUUCGAUUAAUCGACACCAAAGCGAGCCAGUGAACGGGCUUCCACGCCGUCGCGCCCGCCUCAGUUCGCCCCGGCCCACCCGCGCCUGCCUGCGCCCGCCCAGGCCCUCCAGCAUCUCGCUGCCUGCUGCUGCCGCCGGGUUGUCUCUCAGACUGUCAGAUAAAGCGACAGGCCGGUCCGGCGGGGCGGCGAGCUCGGCCCCGGCCAGACAUGGCGGCGCUCUACGCUUGCACCAAGUGCCACCAGCGCUUCCCCUUCGAGGCGCUGUCUCAGGGGCAGCAGCUGUGCAAGGAAUGUCGGAUUGCACACCCUGUUGUGAAGUGCACCUACUGCAGGACUGAGUAUCAGCAGGAGAGAUCUGUGAUUGCAUUUCAUGUAGAUGGGAAACUGCUGUGCUGGCUGUGUACACUUUCAUACAAACGUGUCCUUCAGAAGACCAAAGAGCAGAGAAAGCACUUGGGCAGCUCUUCUCGGGCCAGCCACCAGGAGAAGGAACAGUACAGCCGCUUGAGCGGUGGCAGCCAUUAUAACAGCCAGAAAACACUUUCUACAUCUUCAAUUCAAAAUGAAAUCCCAAAGAAAAAAUCGAAGUUUGAGUCAAUUACAACUAAUGGAGACAGCGAUGCUUCCUCUUACGAGCUGCUUUGUCCUAAUGUGCAGAGUGCCCCAUCCAUGUUGGUGCAAUGGGCUGCUUCCCAACAGCGUCUUGGGGCCAACCAUUUUCCUGUUCCUCCAGGCCCGGGCGUCCUGAACUUUUCCCCAGACCUGGCUCUGGACUCACCAGGCACUGAUCACUUUGUCAUCAUUGCCCAGCUGAAGGAAGAGGUGGCCACUCUAAAGAAGAUGUUGCAUCAGAAGGAUCAGAUGAUUUUAGAGAAAGAGAAGAAGAUUACAGAGCUGAAGGCUGAUUUUCAGUACCAAGAAUCCCAGAUGAGGGCCAAGAUGAACCAGAUGGAGAAAACCCACAAAGAAGUCACAGAACAAUUGCAGGCCAAAAACCGAGAGCUCCUGAAGCAGGCAGCUGCCUUGUCCAAGAGCAAGAAGUCUGAGAAGUCAGGAGCUAUAACCUCCCCGUGAUGGACCUCAGGCUGCUCCCCAGCAACAGCAGAUGCAGUCACCUGGGGGCAGGGAUGUGGACCUGGCUGUUCUGUGGGAACUGCAAGCUUUCUUAAGAAAUCUCCAUUUUAUUACAGUUGCCCUUCUUUGUGUGAUUGCAGUGGGCUGAAUGGAUCCACCUGGUCUGUGCUAUUAUGACUGCAUGCCUGAGUGUUUGGGUUGCAGGCUUGCUCCUUCAACUCGUCCUCCUCCCUCUUCUCUGUCCCUUUCUCUUUCUUCUUCCCUCCAUCCUCCUCUUCCUCUUUUUGUCUCUGUUUUGGUACUAUUCUUUGUUUUUUUUUGUGUGGUGGUCACUGCUCAGUGUUAUGUGCAGAAUGAUUUUUUUUCUGGCCAUCGUUGCAUCCUGCCAUACCCUUGAGCAAAUAGUUUGGCAUUAAGUAUCUAUCACUGCCACCGCUGAACUUUAGAAAACUGCCACCUUAAGACUUGUACAUCGGGAGAGGCUUUCUCUCUCCAAUUAACCUUUUGCUUCAGGGUAUAAUCUUGGGGUUUUUUCCAGGUAUAUUAUGUAUGAACUUUGUACUAUGUAUAGCCAGAGUUUUAUUUAUUUUUUAAAAAAGAAACUUUUUCUUGAUAAAGGAACAAUGUUAGCCUAGAUAGUUCUUGCAAAAAUGAUGCCUCUUGGGGGGAAAAAACAGUCCUGUUCUCUAGCUUUUAGUAAAAAAAUCAGAUCUUUUGUUUCUUACCUUAGAGUCUUCAAAACUGAUUACUAAGGUGAAUUCAUUGUGUAAGUAUGGAGUUAAGUGCCUUUUGGAGGGUUUCUUAGAAGAGCAUUUAAGGAGAUACUUAAGGGAGGUUGCAAAAAUUUGAAGUCUGUCCUUUUAAAUAAGGACAGAAAGAAAGGUUGUCCAGGUUGUACUGGACACUUCUCUCCCCAACCCUUUUCCUUAUUUUACAUGAUUGAUUUUAAAUCCUUACACUGCCACUUCUUUUUGCUUUUUUAACACCCUUUACUUGCUUAUCAGUUGUCAUACUGAGCUGUCGUCAGAAAACUUUUUACACAAGCAGAUUCAAAAUGGGGUCUUUGGGUUGGGGGCAUAGCUCAGUGCAAAGCUCUGAGGGUUCCAUCCUCGGUACUGAAAGAACAAACAAAAUGGAUUUUAUGAAGUACAGAGCAUUUCUGGAGUCAGUACAGGCUGGUGCAGUAUGGCUGUCGGUCUUACUGGGAGAAGUGAUGUUGCUGUACCUUCUUCCCACUCCUCUCCACCCACCCCAGCCUGUGCACUUCCUACUUUCAGUGGGAAUGUGUAGAAAACAGGUGUUCCUCAGAGGCAGUAUGGCUUCAGCCUGAGUUGCUCUGUUCUCUCUUCUCAGCCCAACAGGCAUGCAGAUUUACUUCUCCAGGAAAGGAAAUACAUUUGCAUUGGUAGCCAUGUUCUCAGGUCCUUAAUGUGAUGUUUCUGAAGUAAAGUAGGGAUGGGGGGCACUAGAGUUGAAGGUGAUCAUGAGGGCAGAUGAUGCUGUACCUCAGUCUACCAAAACUGUAGCAGUAAAUGUAACUUGUGAAAAAUCAAAGGUUCUGUAACUUAGGAUAUCAUUCGCAUUAAGUGGAGCAAUGCACAUAAAGGAUGUAGAAGUGGAUGGCUUCCUUCUGCUGAGAGAUACAAUGGACCAUGUUUAUAUAUCACCCUAGUAGGGGAUAUUAUUUUUCCUUCUAAGCAAGGGAAACUACAGUGCUAAAUAGUUUGUAACUUUUUUUUUUUUUUUUUUUUUUUUGAGACAGGGUCUUGCUUUGUAGUUCUGGCCAGCCUUGAA